GAAAAACAAAAAAAAACAAAAAAACAGCAUCUGGUUUCUUAUCAAACGAAGGCUUCAUUCAAGCUGUGCACAUUAUAUCAAGAUCUCCAUCUUCCUCGCAAAUCUUUUCCUCUCCAAACCCAUUUUAGCCUUGAGUCGACCAUCUAUAUAAUCUUACAUCUCUUUCUUGAGUUAUUGCAGGAAAGAUGACGGAAAGAAAGAUAUCAAGGAAUGGUUCCGAUGAAGAACAAGGAGAACCUUCAAAUUCUCCGGCGGAUAAGAUUAAGGUUGAUCCUGGCAAACCUGCACCACUGACUUGGCAGCGGAGAUUAGACACCAGUGAAACUGUCCUUUCACAGUUCACUUUAACUUGGCAAGAGAUACUUCGUAUGGCCCCUAUAGGUAUUCGGCUAUGGCGUUAUGUCAGAGAAAAUGCCAAAAAAAAGAAGGGUAUUUUUAUCGAUCCAUUUGCAAAGCGCAAUGUUACAUCUUCUCAUGGCAUUCCAGUAGGUGGUGUUGGCUCAGGAAGCAUUGGAAGGAGUUACAGAGGUGAAUUUCAGCGUUGGCAACUGUUUCCCAGAGUAGAAGAAAAACCUGUUUUAGCAAAUCAAUUUUCUAUUUUUGUUUCCCGCUCAAAUGGUAAAAAAUACUGUAGCGUACUGUGCUCAAGGAGUCCAGACAAGCUUGAAGAACCUGCAGGUUCAGGGAUUGAAUCUUGGGAAUGGAAUCUGAAGGGAGAUAAUUCCAGAUAUCAUGCUUUAUACCCCAGGGCUUGGACUGUAUACGAGGGCGAACCUGAUCCAGAACUCAGGGUUGUUUGUCGUCAAAUUUCACCUGUUAUUCCUCAUAAUUACAAGGAGAGCAGCUUUCCUGUCUCAGUUUUUACCUUCACGCUCUAUAAUUCUGGAGAGACUGCAGCUGAUGUCACCUUGCUUUUCACAUGGGCAAAUUCUGUUGGAGGGGUUUCUGAAUUUUCUGGCCAGCACCUCAAUUCAACAAAAAUGAUGGACGAUGGUGUGGAUUGUGUACUUCUACAUCACAAGACAGCAAACGAGCUUCCCCCAUUGACAUUUGCAAUCGCUGCACAAGAGACUCCCGGUGUCCAUGUCUCAAAAUGCCCUUCCUUUGUGAUAUCUGGAAAUUCGCAAGGUCUUACGGCAAAAGAGAUGUGGAAUGAAGUAAAAGAGCAUGGAUCCUUCGACAACCUCAACUCAUCUGGAAAGCCAGUGCCUUCAGAACCAGGAUCAUCUAUUGGGGCAGCCAUUGCAGCUACUUCAACAGUUCCACCAGAUUCUGUGUGUACAGUUACUUUUUCAUUGGCAUGGGACUGUCCUGAAGUAAUCUUUGCGAGUGGAAGGACUUAUCACAGGCGUUACACCAAAUUCUAUGGUACUCAUGGAGAUGCUGCUGCAAAUAUUGCGCAUGAUGCUAUUCUCGGACAUGGCCAUUGGGACUCCCAGAUAGAAGCCUGGCAGAGACCAAUUCUUGAAGACAAGAGGCUUCCUGAAUGGUAUCCUGUCACUCUCUUUAAUGAGCUCUAUUAUCUUAAUUCAGGGGGAACAAUUUGGACAGAUGGAUCUCCUCCGUUGCAUAGUUUAGCAACUGUUGGAGGAAAAAAGUUCUCUCUCGAUAGGACAGGUUCUGAUUUAGGCCACCAAGGCGAUACUUCUGUUGACAUUCUUGGAAGGAUGACUUCUGUGCUUGAGCAAAUCCACACUCCUUUAGCAACCAAUUCUGCUUUAGGAACGAAUUUGCUUCAAGAAGGAGAAGAAAAUGUCGGCCAAUUCCUUUAUCUAGAAGGGAUCGAGUAUCCCAUGUGGAACACCUAUGAUGUUCACUUCUAUGCAUCUUUCGCAUUAAUUAUGCUGUUUCCCAAACUUCAGCUCAGCAUUCAAAGGGACUUUGCAGCCGCGGUUAUGAUGCAUGAUCCCAGUAAGAUGCACCUUCUACUAGAUGGACAGUGUGUCACCAGGAAGGUUCUUGGAGCCGUCCCUCAUGACAUUGGGAUUGAUGACCCAUGGUUUGAAGUAAAUGCCUAUAACCUUCACAAUACUGAUCGCUGGAAAGACUUGAAUCCAAAAUUUGUUCUCCAGGUUUACAGAGAUGUAGUUGCCACAGGAGACAAGAAGUUCGCACAAGCUGCUUGGCCAUCAGUUUAUGUUGCAAUGGCUUAUAUGGAUCAGUUUGAUAAGGAUGGUGAUGGGAUGAUUGAGAAUGAUGGUUUUCCUGAUCAGACAUAUGAUACAUGGUCUGUGUCUGGAGUUAGUGCAUAUUGUGGUGGGCUAUGGGUGGCGGCCUUACAGGCUGCAUCAGCCCUGGCAUGGGAAGUAGGAGACAAGGAUUCUGCAGAAUAUUUUUGGUUUAGGUUUCAGAAGGCAAAGGUUGUGUAUGACAAGUUAUGGAAUGGUUCUUACUUCAAUUAUGACGACAGCAAUGGUAGAAAUAGCCCAUCCAUUCAAGCUGAUCAGUUGGCCGGACAAUGGUAUGCACGAGCAUGCGGACUUUUGCCGAUUGUUGACGAGGACAAAGCACGAAGUGCAUUAGAGAAGAUUUAUAAUUACAACUUCCUGAAGGUGCAUGAUGGGAAACGAGGGGCUGUAAAUGGGAUGCUGCCUGAUGGAACAGUGGACAUGUCAGAUAUGCAGUCGAGAGAAAUAUGGUCUGGGGUCACUUAUGCAGUUGCCGCAACAAUGAUGCAGGAAGGUUUGAUAGAUAUGGCCUUUCAUACCGCAAGCGGAGUCUAUGAGGCUGCGUGGGCUGAACAAGGACUUGGGUAUUCUUUUCAAACUCCAGAAGGUUGGAACACCAAUGGCCAGUAUAGAUCUCUAGGCUACAUGAGGCCUUUGGCCAUCUGGGCAAUGCAGUGGACUUUAUCAAGUCCAAAACUUCACAAGCAGGAAAUGAACUUCCAAGUCAAGCUGGAGGAUUCUCUACUAGGGCACCAGCACCAUGCUGGAUUUGCAAAAGUUGCUCGUUUUCUCAAGUUGCCAGAAGAGGAAUCAUCUGUGAGUUACCUGCAGGCCUUGUUCGACUAUGCUUGCAAGAAGUUUGGUUAAACUUAGAUUUUUCUUCCUCUUUUUAAGUAUUGAUAUGUUUACAUACUAUCAUAUUAUGCUGCAAUUUUUAUUGUUUUUUACUGGAAAACAGGUUAAACAUCAGAAAUAAGAAAUUAUUAAAUAAAUUUAGUUUAUUAUACCAUUUAUAAA